AGAAGGGCAGUGUGUGGAUACUGGAUACCCCCCAAUUAGCAUUACCGUUCUGUGGCUCCACAUGCACCCAUCCAGCCUGUAAAAUUUCAAAUAUAUAGACAAAGACCUCACCUUCCAUUCUCUCCCUCUCUCUCUCUUUUAGUUUCUCACCUCCCUCUCUCUCUCUCUUCCCCAUUAAGCAACCAUCCUUGUAGCCAUGGGAAGCCAGGUAGAGGAAGAUCACAGCAUAGAAGACAGAGAAAUGAAGAGAGAAGAACAGGGAGGAGAGACAAAGGAAAAGAGAUACUUCUCCUCAGAGGAACUCCAAUCUCAUAACACCCCAAAUGAUCUUUGGAUCUCAAUUCAAGGAAAAGUAUAUAAUGUCACAGAUUGGUUAGAGUUUCACCCUGGUGGUGACCUUCCUCUUCUAAACCUUGCAGGCCAAGAUGUUACUGAUGUCUUUGUUGCUUAUCAUCCUGGCUCUGCUUGGAAAUUCCUUGACAAAUUCUUUGUUGGGUAUUUGAGAGAUUAUCAGGCCUCUGAUGUAUCCAAGGACUAUCGAAAACUCGCUUCCGAUCUGAAGAAAAUGGGCGUCUUUGAUCAGAAGGGGGCUUUGUUUCUCUACCUCUGUGCACUUUCCAUGGCUCUGAUGCUCGCCAUUUGCUUUUAUGGGGUGUUGGGGUCUGAUAAAUUUUGGGUUCACAUUGGGUGUGGGUGCAUAAUGGGCAUGAUCUGGACUCAAAGUGGGUGGGUUGGUCAUGAUUCAGGCCAUUACCAGGUUCUCAGCAAUGGUAAAUUGAACAGAUUUUUGCAGGUUUUGACAGGGAAUUGCUUGACUGGACUCAGCAUUGCUUGGUGGAAGAAUAAUCACAAUGCUCAUCACAUUGCUUGCAAUAGCUUGGAGUUCGAUCCGGAUCUCCAACACAUGCCUCUCUUUGCUGUUUCUUCCAGGUUCUUCAGCUCCCUGAACUCUCAUUUCUAUAACAGGAAGAUGGUUUUCGAUAGAAUUUCGAGGUACUUGGUGAGUUAUCAGCACUGGACUUUCUAUCCAGUUAUGUGUUUUGCUAGAAUUAACCUCUUAGCUCAAUCAAUUUUCUUCUUAAUCACACAGAAGAAAGUGCCCAAAAGGAACCAAGAACUACUUGGGGUUCUGGUUUUUUGGCUCUGGUUUCCGUAUCUUGUUGUUUGCUUGCCAAACUGGAGUGAGAGAAUCCUCUUUAUUAUUUGUAGCUUUUCAGUGACUGGAAUUCAACAUGUUCAAUUCUGUUUAAACCAUUUCUCUGCUAGCGUUUAUGUGGGUAGGCCUAAAGGAAAUGACUGGUUCGAAGCUCAAACAAAGGGGAGUCUUGACAUUUCAUGCUCACCAUGGAUGGACUGGUUUCAUGGGGGGUUGCAGUUUCAGGUGGAGCACCAUCUCUUUCCUCGGUUGCCUCGAUGGCAGCUUAGAAAGGUAGCUCCUCUGGUUCGAGCUCUUUGUAAAAAACAUGGGUUACCAUACGUAAGUGUGACUUUUUGGGAGGCGAAUUCAAUGACUAUUGGUACACUUAGAGCUGCUGCUUUGCAAGCUCGCGAUCUCUCUAACCCUGCGCCAAAGAAUUUGUUAUGGGAAGCUGUUAAUGCCAAUGGUUAGAUUUAGAAUGUAGCAGUGAUCAUCAUAAGGAAAGAACCGAUAUGAAGAAUCUCAUUGUUUUGCAACCCAUGUCAAGAAUUUGGGUAUUUUAGCUGGAAGUGGUUGAUAUAGAUUUUUAUGUUAAUGGUGCGGGAGUUUUCAUGGGUGUGGUGAUCAGCCCAUGAUUUUGCAGUCUUCAGGACCCAUAUAGAUAAGUUGAUUCUUGUUGAGCAUUGUCAUGUCUAUUUUUAUAUUGUUUUGGAGAUUGGGUUUGUUUUGUUCCUGCAAAUCAUUUGCAAGGGAUCCAUAAAGGUAGAGAUCUAUGAAGGUGGGAGUUUGUUUUAGGUGAGCUCUCUUAUAAACACAUUGUUUGGAUAUUAGAUUUCUUUUGUUUCUGCAAAUUAAGGAGUCUAUGAAAGGGGAUUUUGUUGUAGGUUAACUCGAUCUGUUUGGAUCAGAAAAGUUUGCUUUUGCUCAUUGUGAUCUCAUGAACUUUAGCAAGGAAAGUGCCUUUUGCUCAA